AGUGAUUCUUAAUUUUCUCAAUCAGAACUCAGUUUUUGUGCAAUAAAAAUAUUAUAGGCGGAAUCAGGAUAAAAGACUCAGUCGACUAAUGUGUAUUUCAAAACUUUUACUCGAUUUUCACUUUUUGACGAAAAUGUCGAUAAUUUUUCAACAUGAAUAUUCGACAAAAACUAAAGUAGUCGAAAGGAUGGAAGUACACAUUAGUCAAUUGAGCCUUUUUAUCUUGAUUCUGACUAUAAUAUUUUUAUUGCAUAAAAAUGGAGUUCUACGUGAGAAAGUUAAGAAUUAUGAGCAGAAUUCUGACGUUUUCGCCUCUGAUUUAGAAAAAAUGAAGACUUUCAACAACAGAAAGGAAUUUAAAAAAUGGCUCUCUAUGCCCAUGCAAAGACGAAUCGAAAAUAGUGCAAAUGACUGUUCCGUCUGUUAACAACUAAAUAGGUUUGCGAAAAAACGUUGGUACACUUUAAGCUAUGUUGGUAAAUAAAGUCUUAAUUUGACCAUAUGUGAUAAUAAAACUCUAGACAGUAGAUUUAGGCUCUGUUUUAUGCGCUAAACCAAAACAAAGAAACUGCAGAGUUCCCAAAUGAAAGUAGAAAAUAUUAUUCGAAUUCUACAUGCCGGAAUGGUUUUUUGAAAUUUAAGAACCCUUCCCAAUUUUUUAAUUUACUCUUUGCUGCGCAUGGUCCGGCCCAGGAUCAAGUUGGACCGAACCAUAAUCCAUUUGGUCCGACUUGGUCCCGGUUUUUAAAAAAUUUAAUGGUUUGAACUUGUUCGGUGAUUUCUUACUUUUUUUAUCCUGGGUAAAAAAUGUAGGUAUUACUUACAUAAAAAUUGAAAUUAAACAGGUUUGCUUUACACAAUAGAACUGGAUCUUCAAAAACAAGAAAAAAUUUUCAUGGUCCGAAGUGGUGCUGGUCCGACAAAGUUAUGGUCCGGAUUGGUCCUGGUCCAAAAUUUUUUUAUCGAUAAUGGUCCGAAGCGGUCCUGGUCUCAAAAAUUGUGACCAGACCGAACCAUACGAAGCCCUGGUACGUGGUAAAACAUUCACACUGUCAUUCUUGAAAAGCAGCGUCACCUUUAGCGACAGUUCAGAAAUACUGAUACAUCGAGCAUCGAAAUAACUAUCCUAACUAUACGUAGAUAUAACCAUCAACUCAAACUGACUGAAAUUGCUUUCUGAUGAAACGGAGACGGUUGAAAUACUGAUCUUGACAUUUUCUAAAAUUGUGAAAAAUUGUUAGAUAUACAAAGAUGGUCAUACUAAAUAUAAUUGUCUUCUGCGUUACUCGAAUUCAUCUUUUUAUACUUCAGAACGAUACCAUAAAAACAUCUAAUCUCGUUUCCGAGGAUUACCACCACGCCUUGGAUUUAUCAUCUCAACCGUCAUAUACAGAAUUACAAUCUUCAAACAAUUUGUUACAAUGUUUUCUUAUCGAAGGCAUGACGUCAUUGUCUCCAUCUAUAAAAUUUGUACAAUCGAAUAAACCCUAUUUUUUCGAACAUAGAAAUAUAAGUCGUUUAAGUUUACAAUUACAGCCAGUAAUGAUUCGCAGAAACCAUGAACAACAGUCAAUGUUGUUUUGCAAUAACAUAUAUGAAUUAUUAUUAAACAUAAGUAGUAAUGACUAUCAGCAAACUACACACGGUGAUCUUGAUUUGAUAGUCUCAUUCGGUUAUUUCUAUUGUUUACAUUAUCCAAAACAACAACAAAAUAAAAAUCAAUUACCAACAGAUUUAGAAACAUUAAAAAAUGACUAUUUUAUACCAUAUCUUACCGACACCUAUUUACCAUCGACAAUAGUUCAUCCAAUAGAAGAUACGGCCAAAAUACAACAAAUAUUUUAUCAAGUCAAUCAUACGAUAAAACCUGAAGUAAGUCAGCGACAUGGGACGGUUCAGAGUGAACGAGACCAUCGAACCUAUUGA